GGGGGGGCGCGGGUGGGGGGCGCGUCCAGCGCCGUUCCCCGGCCCCUCGGCCAUGCGGUCGGUGAGCUACGUGCAGCGCGUGGCGCUGGAGUUCAGCGGGAGCCUCUUCCCUCACGCCGUCUGCCUCGGCGACGUCGACAACGACGGGUUGAAUGAGCUGGUCGUGGGCGACACCAACGGGAAGCUGUCUGUGUACAAGAAGGACGACGGCCGGCCGUGGCUCACCUGCGCGUGCCAGGGGAUGUUGACCUGCGUUGGGGUUGGAGACGUGUGUAAUAAAGGAAAGAACCUAGUGGUGGCGGUGAGCGCCGAAGGCUGGUUCCACUUGUUUGACCUGACGCCCGCCAGGGCCUUGGAUGGCUCAGGACACCACGAAGCCCUGGCCGGGGAGGAGCAGCGACCCGUCUUCAAGCAGCACAUCCCGGCCAACACCAAGGCCAUGCUGGUCAGCGACAUCGAUGGGGACGGACGCUGCGAGCUCGUGGUGGGUUACACGGACCGCGUGGUGCGGGCCUUCCGCUGGGAGGAGCUGGCCGAGGGCAGCGAGCACCCGACCGGCCAGCUGGUGUCCCUCAAGAAGUGGGUGCUGGAAGGCCAGGUGGACAGUCUGUCUGUGACCGUGGGGCCGCUGGGUGUGCCGGAGCUAAUGGUGUCCCAGCCGGGCUGUGCCUACGCGGUUCUGCUCUGCACCUGGCGCCGGGACUCAGGGGUGCCCCCCACCUCCGAGGGCACCACGGAGGGCAGCAGGGACACCCCCGCUCCCCGGGACGUGGAGACCCACCAGACGUCCGGCCGGAUCCACAACAAGAACGUGUCCACGCACCUCAUCGGCAACAUCAAGCAGGGUCACAACCCCGAGCGCGGCGGCUCUGGCCUCUUCGCCCUGUGCACGCUGGACGGAACCCUGAAGCUGAUGGAGGAGGCCGACAAGCUGCUGUGGUCCGUGCAGGUGGAUCACCAGCUGUUCGCCCUGGAGAAGCUGGAUGUCACGGGCAAUGGGUGUGAGGAGGUGGUGGCGUGUGCGUGGGACGGACAGACGUACAUCAUCGACCACAACCGCGCUGUCGUCCGCUUCCAAGUCGAUGAGAAUGUCCGGGCCUUCUGUGCAGGCCUGUACGCCUGCAAAGAGGGCGGCAACAGCCCCUGCCUGGUGUACGUCACCUUCAACCAGAAGAUCUACGUGUACUGGGAGGUGCGGCUGGAGCGCAUGGAGUCCACCAGCCUGCUCAAGCUGCUCGAGGCCGAGCCCCAGUACCGCAGCCUGCUGCGGGAGCUGGACGUGGAUCCCGAUGACCUCCCUGCAGUCCGCAGCCUGCUCCGCCGGGCACUCUACCACCCGGACCAGCCUCUGCCCUGCGCCCCGACCGGCCCCCAGGACGCCACCUAGCCGGGCUCAGCGAGCCCGCCGCCCAUCCUACCCCCAGUCCUCGCCAGCCCUGGCAGGAUGGAGGUGGACAUGGCGGGGGUGCGGGGAUGAGCUGGUGGCAGGGCCCUGCCCGUCACGUGACCAGGAGCCCCGCCCCCUCCCUAUGUGAGCCCGCAGGCCACAGGUCUUUCUCC